AUGACUGGACGGACACCUCCUGAAAUAGUUGAAGGCUGCAAUAACAAUCCUGUGCCUGCAAGGCUGAGUGCUCGUGGUGGUGGGUUGAAAGCCAACUAUUGUGCAUCCGCCGUUCCCCGGCACGAGGCUAACGACGCGUCUAAUGCACCUUCGCUGCGCCGCAUCGCUCCUUUAGUGUACUUUUUCAAUGAGGUAUUCACCUGGAGAGUGAGUUCAAGUACCGCGUAUUCUAUCUACCAGAAGCCUUGUCGGAAGCCUUCUUUCACCCCUGCUGUGUUGGGAUGUGUCCCUCCGUCUUCUGUUAUCACCUUCCUCAUGCCGACCUUCAAGCGCAAAGCCAGGAAGCCCAGAGCAUGCGUCAAAACCGGUGGACUCUGGAAUGAUGAAGAAAGGCAGCGCCUGUGGGAUCAGCGGUCGUUGUACCGCCACAUGCACUGGAAGCCAUUUGGCAAGUCAAACCCUGAUACCCCUCAGGAUCCUCCUGCAGGCCGCAUUGUAACGCUACGAACAAGGGCCAACAAACGUUCACUGCCUGACGAAAGCGCGCCUGAGAGCCGUCCGGGGAAGCAGACCAGAACAGCUGCGGUCCUUUCUUCGGGGAAGGACCAAGUGGAAGAAACGGAUCAAAAUGGCAUGACAGACGAGGAUAGCUCUUCGGACUAUGAACAAGACUCCGAUGAAGAGACGCUUCAGGGGCCCAGUCUACCUUUUGAAGAAGAAGAAAGUCAAGAUGGAAUCGAGACAAUCGUUAUCGAUGAUGGGAACAAUGAUCCUGAAAGCCACCAGAACGGUGAAGAAGAAGCAGAGGUACACAGGCCUGAUGCCGAGGAAAAUACUGAUGAGCCUGUCUCUCGCUCCACAGUAAGACUCAUGCCUGGACGGAAAAGCAUGACACCAAGUUCAAGAAGUGAAGAAAAAUACGCAGGCUACGAGAAGCUUGCAAAAGAGGCGACUGAGCCCACUAGGCCUUCACUCCCACCGGACGUUGAGGAUCUCAAAAAUCUCAACUCAGACAAGGCUGCGAAGCUGGAGUCCGCACAAGAGGAGGUUAGGAAACAACUCCAGACUAUAAGAUCCCUCGAACAACGCGAGCAGAAGUAUAAAAAGGAGAUCGAUGACUGGAAACGCAAGAUCAAAGUUUCCGAACAGCAAGUCACCGUCCUCGAGUGCAAGGUAGCUAUGGCUCGAAACCAGAAUAAAUGUGAGACGUGUGAGAGGGUCUCAAAGUUUUUCGCACCGGCUUCCGCCUCAGGGAAGGCCGGUGAGUCUUCUGGCAGCUCAAUUUCAUGA